GCUCUCAGUGCAUAACCUUAAUUUUGUCAUUUUUUGGUUAUAAUUAUUAGUCGCGGACUUUUAUUGUUUUUAACAGUGGAACAGUGAAUAUAAAAUAUGGGUAAAGUGCGAUCCACGCCGGGUGCUCCCCGCAAGGAGGGGCUCAACAAAUCUGGACAUUCCAUGAAUCCAGACAGACCGACUGAAGGGUUAAAGGGUGUUGGAAAACCGAGAACAAAAGGAACCAUCAAGAGACUGCAGAUGUAUCGUAAUUUUAAAGCCAAAAGGGACAAGACUGGAAAAAUUUUGACACCAGCACCAUUCCAAGGUUGGCUUCCUUCUGGCACACAAGCUCGCGUAGAACCAAACCAAAAAUGGUUCGGUAACUCGCGUGUCAUUUCUCAGAACGCCCUUCAAAAGUUUCAAGAUGAAUUUGGUGCAGCUAUAAAGAAUCCCUAUCAUGUUGUUAUGAAACCUACAAACUUACCCAUUACAUUGUUGAAUGAAAAAGCAAAACAUGCCCGAGUACAUUUACUGGAUACGGAAGGAUUCGAUAAGACAUUUGGACCUAAAAAACAGAGGAAAAGAGUUAACUUAAAAUUUAGUGAUUUACAAACAUUUUCAAAGGCUGUUGAAGACAGUUCUGAAAAAUAUGAUGAAUCCAAAGAUGUGGAUAGAGUCAGGGAUGACGGUGGUGUGAGAGACGGACAGCGAGAGUGGAUAUUCGGUGCUGGCAUGAGCAGGAGGAUAUGGAAUGAGCUGUACAAGGUUAUUGAUUCCUCCGAUGUGCUACUGCAAGUUCUCGAUGCUCGUGAUCCCAUGGGUACACGCUGUCCAUACAUAGAAAAAUUUCUCAGAAAAGAAAAACCACACAAACAUUUAAUAUUUAUUUUGAACAAAGUCGAUUUAGUUCCAAAUUGGGUUACACAAAGGUGGGUCGCUAUAUUGAGUGCAGAGUAUCCAACUGUUGCUUUCCAUGCCUCAUUGACUCAUCCAUUCGGCAAAGGAUCUCUCAUUAAUCUUCUUCGUCAAUUUGGAAAACUACAUAUUGAUAAGAAGCAAAUAAGUGUGGGUUUCAUAGGCUACCCUAAUGUUGGAAAGUCUUCUGUAAUCAAUACAUUGAGAUCCAAAAAAGUGUGCAAGGUUGCUCCAAUUGCUGGCGAAACAAAGGUGUGGCAGUACAUCACUCUUAUGAAAAGAAUUUAUUUAAUUGACUGUCCGGGUGUUGUUUAUCCAUCGGCAGAAACGGACACAGAAAAAGUACUAAAGGGUGUAGUGAGGGUUGAACUAGUACAAAAUCCAGAAGACUACAUAGAGGAAGUGAUCAAACGGGUCCGUAAAGAUUAUUUAAUUAAAACCUAUAAGGUUGAUGGCUGGAACACAGCUAUGGAAUUUUUGGAAAAAAUGGCCGCCAGAACUGGAAAGUUACUGAAAAAGGGUGAACCAGAUAUAAAUCAAGUUGCAAAAAUGGUUCUUAAUGAUUGGCAGAGAGGAAAAUUACCUUUUUAUGUUGCACCUGAAGGUUAUGAAGUUCCUUUCUCAAAACAAACCCAACCAGAUAGUAAUGACGGUACAAAGGAACCACAAGAACUAGGUAAGAAGGAGGAUAAACCUGCAUCUGCUGAAACUGAAGAGGAAGGAAAGGAAAAUGAAAAGAGUGAGAAACCUAGUCUUGUUGUCAACAAAUUAGUGAUUGCACAAGAUUUUGCCAAGAUAAGAGUUGGAUUACAAUUUGAUAAUGAAGAUGAUAUCAAACCCCUUGAAAGUGUGGAAAUACCAGAUGAAUUGAAGGGCAUUGAUGAAGAGAAUGAAGAAAACAAAUCUCAAAGUGAGAAUGGUACUGAAGAAAAGCAAGGCGAUGACACAAAAGCUGACAAAGAUGACAGUGAUUCAGAUAUAAGUGCUUUUUACAGUGACAAUGAGGAGGUAAAUAGUGAUGUUGAGGAUUAUUUGACACAUAAACCAGAGGAAGUUAAAGAAAUGAAAAGGAAACGACUAGCUGCAGCAAGUGGCACAUUUACAGUUGAAGAAGUCUCCCAAAUUAAUAAGAGAGCUAAAACUAAUGGAGAAACAGACAAAAGAAAAAUGACAGCAAAACAGAGAAGAGCACUGGAAAGGUCACAGAAACGUACUAAAACAGGAAGCAACUUCUAUGAAGUAUCUAAUAUGUCGUCCGGAAGCGAAAGUGAUGAAGAAUAUGUGCCAGGGGAACCCGAACAACUAUCAGAAGAGGAAUCGGCUGCUGAAGAAACUGAAUUGCAGUACGAAAACGAACAAGACCACAAAGCUAAAAAGAGAAAAGCAAAUUCAAAAGGUAAAGGCAGAAAGAAAGUAAAAACUAGGAAUAACGAAAAAGAAAUUGUCGAAGAGGAAGAAGAAAAGGUACUUGAAGAUAAAGUUGACCCUGAAGAAGAGAAAAAGAGAGAGGAUGAUCUGUGGGCGAAAUUUUUAGAAGGAACCGACACUAAGCCAAAACCUGUGAAGGAAAUGAAAGAUUUGCCAAUACUGACAGACACAGCUAGUAAAACUUCUGCGAAUAUAGGGAAAACAAAACCAAAAGAAGAUGACAAAGAACGGGAAAGGCGAAUUUUCGAUUUUGCUGGAGAGAAAAUUGUCGUAGAAAAUAAUGUUGUUGUAGAUAAAAUUAAAUCUGAUGAUAGUUCCCCUUCAGCGAGUCAAACACAAGCUCCUAGUAUUAAAAAAGGUGGAGGAAUUUCUAGUAUUCUCAAUCAAAUCAACAAAAAGAACAAACUAUCGACGUUAGAGAAAUCUAAACUGGAUUGGAACACGUUUAAAAAGGAUGAAGGCAUCGAAGAAGAGAUCGUGAGUCACAACAAAGGAAAAGCUGGAUACCUCGAUCGUCGAGACUUUCUAGAGAGAACGGAGUACCGCCAGUAUGAAAUAGAACGAGAUCUGCGCAUGAGUCGACGCAGCAAUCGGUAGAUCUGACAAGUCUUAGCCAUAGUAACAAAAUCGAUAACAAUGUUAGAAAAUAACAAACCAUUUAAAAACAUGACAAAAUAUUCUUCUUCUUUAAAAAUGGCCCCGUAGUGAGUUGCCAAUG